GCGACUAACGCGCAUGCGCACAGGCCAAUCCUCCAGUGUGAAAGGACGAGCUUGGCUUCAGCAUACCUAUGUACACGUCCACCCGGAGGCGAGCACACGCGGUCUGUCGGGGCUCAGAUGAACCUCUACAGGAAACAGUGACUCAAAAAGCAGGUCUGCAGUGAGACUUCAGUGUGACUGGGCGGAGCUAACCUCCUGAAACGUGACUGGGCAGGCUGACAGUGUGUGUGUGCCGCCCAGCUGACUGUGUUUUUGCCGCUCCUAAUUGUUGUGUGCGAGUGGACGUGUAGCAAUGCCUCCAGCGACAGGCGGUCCAGUGGGCUACACCCCUCCAGAAGGGGGCUGGGGUUGGGCCGUAGUAGUCGGCGCUUUCAUCAGCAUCGGCUUCUCCUAUGCCUUCCCCAAGUCAAUCACUGUGUUUUUCAAAGAGAUCGAGGUGAUCUUCAACGCCACCAGCAGCCAGGUCUCGUGGAUCUCCUCCAUCAUGUUGGCCGUCAUGUACGGAGGAGGACCAAUCAGCAGCAUCUUGGUGAACAAGUAUGGCAGCCGACCAAUCAUCAUCAUCGGAGGCUGUCUGGCCGGCACGGGUUUGGUCUGCGCAUCCUUCUGUAACACAGUGGAGGGACUGUACUUCUGUGUGGGAGUCAUAGGAGGUCUUGGUUUGGCAUUCAAUCUGAAUCCCGCUUUGACAAUGAUCGGGAAAUACUUCUAUAAGAAGCGUCCGAUUGCUAACGGCAUUGCCAUGGCAGGCAGCCCCGUGUUCCUCUCCACACUGGCACCUCUGAACAGCUGGCUAUAUGAUCAGUUUGGCUGGAGGGGGAGUUUUCUGAUUCUGGGUGGUGCGCUGCUUAACUGCUGUGUGGCCGGCGCAUUGAUGCGACCCAUCGGACCAAAACCACAGCCCAAACCUGCUGUAGAGGAGGGAGGAACAAAAAGGCAUGAGAAGAAAACGGUGAUGCAGACCAUCAACAGCUUCAUCGACCUGACGCUAUUUAAGCAUCGUGGUUUCCUGCUUUACCUCUUGGGCAAUGUGAUCAUGUUUUUCGGGCUGUUUGCACCACUUGUCUUCCUCAGCAACUACGCAAAGAGCAUCGGCAUCUCCAAAGAUAAGGCAGCCUUCCUGCUCUCCAUGCUAGCCUUCACAGACAUGGUGGCACGGCCAUCUAUGGGCCUGGUGGCUAACAGCCGCUGGGUUCGCCCACGCAUACAGUAUUUCUUUGCAGCAGCAGUGCUGUAUAACGGCGUGUGUCACCUGUUGGCACCAAUGUCCGUAGACUACCUGGGCUUCUCUAUCUAUGCAGUGUUUUUCGGGGUGGCGUUCGGCUGGCUCAGCUCCGUGCUCUUUGAGACGCUCAUGGACCUGGUGGGGGCGCAGAGGUUCUCUAGUGCCGUGGGCCUCGUCACCAUUGUGGAGUGUGGACCAGUGCUGCUCGGACCUCCCUUCCUGGGCAAACUGAACGACAUCUACCAUGACUACAAAUACACGUACAUUGGCUGCGGCAUCGUCCUAGUCAUAGCCAGCGUAUUUCUCUUCGUCGGGAUGGGCAUUAACUACCGUCUGCUGGACCAAGAGAGGAAAGCAGAGGAGAGGAAAGCUGGGCUUGAAGAAAAGGAACAAGAGACUAACAUAGACAAUGCCAUGAGAGAGAAAGAGAAGGAAGCAGAGAAUGACGUUUCUACACCGCUCACAAAAGCAGAUGUGGCCAAAAUGGAUGAGGACGCUGUGUAACGUGUAAUCUGCACCACAACACGUGCUCACGUUUGCAACCUCUUUCAUUAGUGACCGUCCACUAUAAAUGAGAGUGAGCAACAGACGGAUGUACAUUUUAGAAUUGUAAAAAGGUUUAGUCAGCCAUAUUGCAUAUACACACACGCGCGCGCGCGCUGAUCUCUCUAUUCCUUCACACAUUAUCUGUAGUCCAUGCUGGAUUAUAGCUGGCAGAUCAUUUCUCCUGCUUUGUCCUGUCUCUGCUUUUUCCACCAAAGAAAGUUCACACAAACACUCCAGUGUAGUGUUUGUUGGUGGUUGUGGUUGUUUUGGGUUUUUUUUUUUCAUAAGAGGUAAAAAUAUAGGUUUUAAUGAGCCACCAUCCAUCUAAGAGAAGAUGGAUCCAUCUUGGAAAAACUGCCAUUGUCAUGUAUAUGCAAGUGCAAAACAAUCAGCGCGUACAGAAAAUACCAAACGGGUGCAGCUAUAGAUGUUUGGUGGCUCUCUCUGGAGCUCAAUUUUGCUUUGUAGUGUUUGUGUGAGACAGAGAACAGUAUUCAGGAUACAUGUCAGUACAAAGUCAGCACAUUUAGUCAAAGGAUAUUGUCCAUUAUUUUAAUUCUGACUGCAGGUACUCAGUCCAGAGAUUCUCACUCCUUUGGUUUGCGAUAUCAGCAGUCUUUUCUCACUAGUGUUCCUACAUUUUCUGAUGAUUUCCAGUGAUUACCAGUAAUCAGAAACUGCACCAAAUAGAAUCACAACGUUAGUACACGCCUGAGACAUAAAUUCACACAAAGGUUGUUUUUUAAAAUGUAGAUUUUAAGAAUGACCUCUUCACCUUGUGCAUGAUUUUUUUUUUUUUUUUUUUUUUUUUUGUAUUUUAUUUGUUAUAGAAUUCUGCUUAACAAUGUGUAGAUAGGACAUUCAGACAUUUAAAAUUCUUCUUAUGCAUCUUUGUGUUUCCAUAUACAAAUAUAAAUAACAUUUGUCUGCUCUGUGUGCAAGGUGGUACUAUUUCACUAAUGCUUGUGCCUUCUGAAGUGCUUUACAAGUCAAGCCCAGUGUUUUUAUUUUUGUUUUUUUAACAAAACCUAUUAGAAUUCUACCAUUUUAACCAUUUAUAGUAUUCUCACUUUUUCUAGUAAGCCUAGUAAGAUUAUUAAAUUUCAUUUUGAUUUCGAGCAAUAUUCUAGACAAAAGCACAUAUAGAGCCAUAUAUCUGUUAUAACAUUUGAGAACUAACAUGGUGAUGAAUCAGAAUAAUUUAUUAGUGGGUCUGUCAUGCAUAAGUCAAGUGUAGUUCUUCAAGAGUGUCAUUAUAUUGUAAUGUUGAGCUUACAUGCGAGGUAUAGUCUCAGCAUCAGGAUACCACAUGAGGUUUACUACCAGUAAAACACCUUACACCUAAAACACCUUACUAGGGUGCACUAGGUCAGUGCACUCCCAAAUGCCAACGUGAUUAAGGUGUUGUUUGUUUGUUUUGUUUUGGGGUUUUUUUUGGUGUGUGUGCACUUUAGCGUUCAGGAUACAUAGGCCAUGAUUAUGAAAUAAGGUUGUUGCACGCCACUGUUUCACAAUGUAAACAGUGUGAAAAGAAAGGCUGAACAAUAUUAAACUUGCGUCAAGGAUUUAUAAAUGUGUUGCUUUUUGCCUGCUUAUACUUCACUACACUGUACUUCCAGAUAUUUCUUCAUUCCAAACCUAAAUGGAAGCAUAUCACACACAACAUUAAUGUUCAGCAUUAGAGUUUUUUAAAUGGCAGUUGAUCUAUAGUCUCAUCUUUGGGUGGGAAAUGAAGGCAUGUAUAUUGAUGUACAAAAGAGAAUGAGUGCAUGGGAACACUCAGUACAGACUGGUUGUAUGUUGACACUCUUUAGUUCCUUAAUUUCUCUUGCUUUUUAGUAAAUCUAAUUUUGAUAAAGUAACUUAUAUUAUCUGGCUGUGAUAUUUUGUAUGUUUGACCAGGAGUAGUGAACCAAUAAACCAUUUUUAAAAAUUUUAAA